GUUCUCCAUCAGAAACAGCACAACAUUUUUUGAAUUAUCCGCCAUCAACGGUAAUCUCAAUAAGUGCCCGCUAUGCAUAACAGCAGUGUGAAAUGUUAAGCGACUGUGACUGUUAAGCAACAAAAACAGCUGAUUUUCGACUGUGUACAGCCACAAGAUAUUGUGUGAAUGCGCAAAGAAAAAGUGGGAAUUGCAAUAAGAAAAGAAGCAGAGCAAAGCGCGAGUUUCUAGGGAAUGAGAGAAAUAGCAGCAGACGCCAAAAAAGUGUACGCAAAAGAAACAAAAUUUAUAUAAAUACAAGUAAUUUGGCAUUUUAAACGUCAGCAUGGGCAAGGAAAAGGCAGGUAAAUCGUUCAACAUUGGCGAUUUGGUGUUUGCCAAGGUAAAAGGCUAUCCGGCGUGGCCUGCAAAGAUCACGAAAUAUAACAACAAAAAGUACAAUGUUUACUUUUACGGCACCGGAGAGACGGCGAAUAUCAAAGUGGAAGAUCUCUUCACAUAUGUGGAGAAUAAAGAAAAAUUCGCCACCGAUAAGAAUAUGAAGAGGCCCAAAUUCAACGAGGCUGUCGAUCAAAUUGAGAGUGCGCUGCGUGGCGAAGAUUCGGCACCAAUCGAUUUGCCACCAAAUGCAACCGAUGCCGAGGCCGGCAACGAAAGUACUACGGAAGUGGCAUCCGAAACAGCUUCGGCACAAGCAAACGAGGCACCAGCUGGAACAGCAACCACAGCAGCUGGAGCAGAAGAAGCUGUUGUGCCAAAGGCGCGUGGUGCACGCAAAUCCCGUUUGCCGCCACGCCAUGUGGAUGGCGAUACAGAUGAUGCCAGCCGUGAUGCAGCGGAGGCGCCACCACCGCAAAAGAAACGCGUGCCACCCGAAGGCAUUGGAGCAACCAAUUCAAACAAGAAGUCCGUGAAGAAGUCCAAGCCCACAGCUGCUGUGACGCCCAUGCAAAAGCGUUCGCGACAGGUCAACAUCAUUCAAAAUAAUCUGCUCAUGGUCUACAUGCCAACUGCAAAAUGUUUGGGCAUCAACAUCAACUACAAGAAGCCCAAGAGUUUUGACAGUCCGGCCGCAGAGCAAGCUUGGCUGGAGAAGGCACGCAAGGAAGCGAUUGAGUUAAAGCUGCAACUGGAAUCGGGACAAAUCAAAGAGGAAUCGAUGCCCGAUCGCAUCGUCAUUGAGCCAGUGCGCGAUGAAAUCCCCAAGCAGGAAGCGGUGCGCUUCAUUGAGGAGCUGAUCGAACAAGAGGAUGCAUUAUUUAUGGAACGUGACUUUAUUCAAGCGUCACAGCAACUCCGGGAAUGUCUUGGUUUGCGACGUGCAAAUGUGGGCAGAUGUUUAGAGAUCCUCGAGCAGUUUAAGGACAUUGAGUUGAAUAAGCUAAUGUUGCUACGCAAUCCCGAGUGUGUGGACAUUAUGCGACGAUUGCGUCGGUAUGUGGGCAAUUUGGAUUUGUGGAAAAUGGACAUAUCCGAUGAGUUGGAAUUUAAGGAGAAGGCGGUCAUCAUACGUAAAGUGGCAACAUCCAUUUAUGAUAAUUUUAAGACGCUGUUCAAUCCCGAACCGGAGCCAGAGGAGAAUUUCUGGGUGGAGUUCUGUGAAAAGGUGCGCAUCUAUAAGACGUACACGAAAAAUAUCAACGAUAACCUGCGUGUCUCGAUGAGUGAGCUGAGCUAUGAUAAUCUAGUGAAGACAAAGGAGGGCGCCAUCAAUGAGGCGUCAAAUGAGGAGGUCGCCCAAAACUAAAUAAAGACGACGUGUAAUUUUAUUCUGCGCCCGUUGUUCCAUAAACACUACGUAAGUUUAAUUCUAAGUGAAAAUCCCCGCGCUUUGUGGCCCAGAAAAAAAGUUGACACAUCAAACACCGCAUUGGACAGGAACAGGCUGCAAAAUACUUGCUACUAGUUUUAAUUUCAUUCACUUUUCGGGCACAUAAUAUACCUUAAUAAAUACAAUUAGUUUAUGUUAAAUUACUUACUAAACAAGAAUAUGAAAAAACACACACACAAGCAAAACAAAACAAAUAAUAAUAAUGUGUGAAUUCCACACAUGCAUUAAAGAAUAAAAUACUUGACGAGAUUCGACUUUGCUACCGUAUUUUUUAAAUUAAGCUAAUGCAAUUUCGACUAUUGCAUAAUUGCAAUUAAAUUUGUUAAGUUAAGUUUGCGUCUCUUAUACCAAACCCAACCCUGAAAAACAAAAGCUCAACAAAAAUCUUUGGACAACUUUUUAAAUGCUGAUUGU